AGCUAGCCAGCUAGUCCUUUCAGAACGCGCUCGCUGUGGAUCACAACGUUGUAAACGACAGAUCGUUUUGCCUCCUGCUGUUGGUUGGUUGGUUGGUUGGUUAUUUGUUUGUCUUAAGUGCCGCGCCGGUAGAAGGCAACUCCUGCACCGUUCGCGGUAGCCAGUUUGUUGUGUUAAAAGACACACUCAAACCUAGAAAAGCUGGCAACAGCAGGACUGACUUCUUUAUGCUCCCAUACUCAGGGCUCGGUGUUAUCAAUGAUUUGACUUAUAUUAAGCAAAAAAGCCCAGGGAAAAGUGAAAACGCGUCAACUACGGGGCUGCUUAUACUCUCGUGUCUAUCGUUGCGUGCCGCUGAACGGCCGAUCGAAACAGCCUCAGCAUGAGACCAUUUUUUAUCCUACUGCCCAUAGCUGUCAUCAAAGUUUGUUCUAUUAAACAUGUUGUAGCAGUAGAUGGACCGACUAAACCCAGCGAAGUCUACGUUCUGCAAUACGCCCCGUCCGAGGUCUUGUCUAGCGGACCGCACAAUGAAGAGAACACUGCGGAGGAUGAAACUGAUGACAUCGACUCAGACGGAUCUGGGUCGCCUGAGUUGGAUGUAAAUCAGAUAUUCCGACAUCUGAUCAAUCCAUCCGGAGUCCGUCUGGCUGAGAAACAAAACGUUCAUCAGGUUGGUAAAGAAACUGACAACAGUCCACUAACUGAAAUAGAGCCACCUAAUGAUCUAGACGGUUACGACGACGACCUGCAAAAGGUGACAGCACGAGAAAAAGUUUUGCGCUUCUUCCAUAAUAUUCAUACGCCGAAGGAGAAAAACCAGGGCACAUCGACAAUUUCCGAUUAUCUAACGCAAUGGUCCCCCGAAGACGCCGACAACCAUGCCGAAGAAAACUUGUUAUUGAUUCCAAGAUCAAACAGAUUCGAUGGACAAAUGAGGCCAGUCGACCAGCAAGAGCAAGACGGCCUGCUCGACCGCCCAUUUUCAGGAAUUUCCGAGGAUGCUAAGACGGGAGACGUCGCUAUCGUCUUUGUUCCGAUAUGGCGUGAAAUUGAAAAGACGGUCUAUUUCGCUUUAAAACAGCCCGCUGAAACAGCCACUAGUGACGAUGACGAUACUUCCGAUAGUUUCCCUGAUGUCCACGCUAUUCUGAUGAUAAUCUUUGGUUCCACGUCGACUUUUGUGCUCAUGUUCACUAUUUUGCGGACCGUCCAAGGACGUCGCGAACGAGCUCAGUUUAGCCAUGACAAAUCAUUGCUAUUUUCACCACCUGCAUAUAUUCAACCACCCCAAGUCACCAAUCCUGCCACGAAAAAAUCGAACAUGAAAGACAUACUCGAACGAAGCGACGUGUAACGCUUGGCACGGGUUUGCUUGAAUAAUCCUCCCCUCCAAAGGAUUCGUCUUUAAGGAAACGAUAACCUCAUGAGGUGCUGAAAACAGCUCACUGCUAAUUUUUUUUUUUUGUAGGAUUCAUUAGUAGUUUAUAAUCGACUGUAAGCAACGGUCAUCUGAUGGGCGUACUGCUUUUGGCUGAGCACUGCAAGUGAAACGUAAAAAAAAUUUCGUAACCUAUAAAAUACUCUACAGAUGUUACCUUAUCGAACGAAAUGUGUCAGUAGAAAUAGAGAUGUUAUCAAGA